AUGCAGCUGAUCCUGGUGGUACUGAUGGUUGCGGUGGUACAUGGCGAUAAGUAAGUAGGGUAGGGUAGGGUAGUGUAGGGUAGGACAGAGCAGGGUAGGGUAGGGUAGGGUAGGGUAGGGUAGGGUAGGGUAGGGUAGGGUAGGGUAGGGUAGGAUAAGGUAGUGUUAGUUUAGGGUUAGUUUAGGGUAGGGUAGGGUAAAGUAGGGUAGAUUUAAAAAAAUUUUUUUUUUGAAAUAGGUAAAAAAUUUCUUUCCAGAUCCUUCAAAUUGAUGAAAAUGAGUCCAGAGCCCAGGAUGUGCAAAGAAUUUUUCUGUGACGAAAAGUCUGUCACAGCAGAGAGCACAAAAGACAUUGUUCUAAGCACUGGUGACCUACAACAAUGUCGAGACUGUAGGGAUUGUACUGAUGCUGGCUACAGGUAAGCAUUUUAUUUUUGGCGAAUUUUGGAAAAUAGAGAUUGCUUAUUCUUUUUAUAAUGAACUGCACCGUGUAAAAUAAAUUUCAUUGCACGGUGCAAUGGAAUUUAUAGAUUGCACAGUGCAGUCAUUUUUCAAAAAUUCAUAGUGCCAUUAUUUUUAAAGCAAAUAAAAUAAAAAUGGUUUUAAUAGCUUCAUAUUAGCCCAGACUAAAAGUUAAAAUAGCCUUUGUUACCUAAAAUAAUCUUGAAACGGCACAGUGCAAAAAAGAAAAAUAUUUGCACGGUGCAAUAAUUUCUCAAAAAUUCAUUGUGUCAUUCUUUUUAAAGGUACUAAAGUAAAAAUGGUCUUAAUAGCUUUAUAUUAGUCUUAUCUAAAUAUUAGAAUAGUAUUUGUUACCUAAAUUGACUUAAAAAUUGCAAGUGUUAAAAACAAAAGUUUUUGCACGGUGCAAAACAAUUGUGCGAUUGCACGGUGCGAAAUCUGUAAAAAUGACUUCUUCGGACGAAAUAAAGUUAAAAAUACAGGCUUUACAAAAUAUAUGACAAAAACUUUGUUUACAGCUCAAAAAAAUGAAAAAAACUUUCUUUACAAAUCAAAACUGGCAAGAACUUUCUUUACAAACAAUAUCACAAAAAAGUUUUUAAAGAUUAUGUUUUAGUGUAUGUAUUCAACGCCGUUCGCCUGGUUGUCAAUGUGCUCACUCCGUUCCGAAUGGUUGUUCGGCUGCAGCUCGCGGUCAAAACCCGCUCACCGGCUUUGAAUUGGUCAGGCUGUGUUAUAUGUCAGGUAAAUCAAUGUUUUUUUAAAUAUUUUUUAAAACUUUUAUAUUUUUUUUCAUUUAUUCUUGUCGUUUUUAACCUUAAAAGCCCAAUUUAUAAGAAAUAUUGGCGUUUGCAGCCUGCGCAAUCCAUUUUAUACGAUGAAACAUGUCCUACGCUAUAUUAUGAUUUUGUAAUAAAAACUAAGAUUGUGUAGGAUAUGAAUAGUCUUUUUAAACCCAUUUUGAUAAAUUUUGUCAUAAAAAUUUUAAUUUUUUGUCAUAUUACGUUAUACUAACCUACUACAAUUUCAGCCCUUCGAAUCCCGCCAAUGCCAAGUGCUGUGAAUGAAAAGGCUGAUGUUAUUGUUACAAUCAAACCAUUUUGGCUUGAUAAGUAUUGGAAAAGCCAAAAAUUGGAAAAUCUCACUUUGUUCUACGAGUUUUCGGUUAAAGUAAGUGGUUUGUUACCUAAAGUUGGGAUGAAUAAUAUAAAACUGAGUUAGAAAUGGGCAAACCACGGAAUAAUAUUAGGUAAUGGGCUGAUAGUUGCUUCAAAUGGCCUUUUAAAAAAUAGUUUAAAAAAGGCCUAAACCAUCAGAAAAUGGCUCGUAAACGGCCAAAACCUACCUUAAGAUAGCUUUAAACUUCAAAAACUGAUUUUAAACUAGCCUAAAACUUUAGAAAAUUGCUUGAAAAUUAGCCUAGAACAAUAAGAAAUAGCUUAAGAAUAGCUUAAACUUAGCUUAACAUGGCCUAAAACAUCAGAAAAUGGCUUUGAAAGGGCCGAAAACUACCUUAAGAUAGUUUUAGUCAUUAAAAAUUGACCUUAAACUAGCCUAAAACUUUAAGAAAUUGCUUGACAAUACCCUACGUUAACCGUAAGAUGUUUUACUUUAGCCUAAAGUUGUAAAACACGGCUUAAAACGGCCUAAAACAAUAAGAAAUUGCCAUAACACGACCUGAAAUCCUCGAAAAUGACCAAAAAAUGGCAAAACACCCCCGAAAACAAAUGUUUUCUGGCCAAAAAACAAAAUUUUUCAAAUCCCAUGCCCAACCUUAUUCUUUCAGUCACCAGAAAACUGUGAUGGCAAAGUGACAAUGCUGAACCGAGGCUCCAAAAACGUGGGUCACCUGUGCACACCCCACCUCCAAAUCGACAUGGAAGACGAGCCAGAAGGCGUCGAGUACGAUGAAGCCGGCCUCGCCCCUGAAAUCCAGUUCGAACGUGCCGUGUUCGACGAGGCCACGGAGGUGCGCUUCUAUUACCGUGUGAAUACGAAGCGUGACCGUCAGUUAAAUCUGCGAACUCAGGUUGUGGAUCGACCAAUCUUGAUCAAGUCCGAGGAGCUGGUGUUUGGUUUGACCGAGGAUUCUGAAGUUGAGAAGCAUGAUGACGAUAAGAAUCACGGUGAUUCUGAUGCACAAAAGAAUGGACUACAAGGCUCUAAUAAGAAGUUGGUGGAUUCAGAAGGCAGAAGUCAGGAUUCUGAAGAAAAACAAAGCAGAUUCGGCCAAAAAACGAGCCAAAAUGCCGAAAAAACGGAACAAACUUCAGAUUCUGAAGCCAAAAGUCUUGAUAACAAAUCAGAUGCCACUUCAACUAACACUGAUAAUGCUUCUCAAUCAUCGUCAAAGGAUCCUGGAUCCAAUAAUCACCAGAAACUUCACGAUUACGAAGCUCAAACAUCUCUACGACCACCUACUACAACAUCGUCGUCUGUAGCCGUGAACAAAGUUGAAAUUGAACAAAAAUCACCGCCAAGACAGACAUCAGAAUCCGCUUCAAAUCGCCGUCAAAACCAAGGUUCUGCUUCGGAUUCUGGAGCGGACACGGUGGAUUUACUGGACGAGCAUCUGAACAACGGUGGUCAGCUGAACCUGAUACUGUAUGUCGGAUUGGCUACUGUAGUGGUAUGUACGAUCAUUGUGUUGUUGACAUGUUGUUUGAGACGACAUCGCAUGGCAUAUAAGAAGGCAAACGGCGGGGUAAAAACGUCUACAAAGCAACAUAAUGGAUAUGAAUAUCGGCAGACCUCUCAGGAAGCUUGA